AUGGCAUUUCAGUUGAGACACUUGGAUGAGGAUACAAUUUUCGAACAUGUUUUUGACAGAUAUGUACAAAUAGAGACCCACGUUGGCAGUUUAAAGCAAGAUCUUGGGAUUCUAAGCAGAGAUGAGCACGAGGUAGAGGUACAGAUCGAACCUGAUGAAGAGUUGAGUAGACCGAAAAGGAAAUCAAGACAAAGCAAUAGACGACAAAAGAAUAAUCCAGAGACGAGUAGAGGUUCAAUUGAUAGUUCUGUUACUCAAACAUUUUCAAUAACGGUUAACCAAUCGAUCACAAGUCUUAACUCUUCGCAAGUGAACAAUAACUCUACAACAGGAUACGUUCUGUGGUCGAUAACACCAUUUUUCUUGAAGUGGUUACUCUACAGCAAGUCUGCAGCAUUUCUAAGAGUAAAUGAUGGGGGAGCGAGCUCCGUGAAACUCCUGAACAGCGAAGAAAGUAUAUCUGUUCCAUCUAUAAUGGGCGAUAAUGUCGGGAUUAUCGAAUUGGGAUCAGGAAUAUCUGGAAUCUUACCAACUGUGAUGGGAAAUUAUGUAGCGACUUACAUCGCCACAGACCAACGCGGAAUACUAAAGAAAUUAAAAUCUAACAUCAAGGAUAAUCUACUUCAACUAAAUAGGCGCUGUAUCGUAUCCAGUUCCCUUCAUGUUGAUCAGUCGACAGAUUCUGACGAUCUGAAUAUUAUCAGCAACCGAUGCCAACUGGAAGUAGAACCGAUUGAUUGGGAGACUUUCCACUUGACCGAUCAGACACUCUCUAAACUGUACCCUUAUCUGUCCAAACUGAAGGAUCAAGCUGAAACCGUGUACAUAAUCGCAUUGGAUGUAAUUUACAACGAUUUCUUAAUAGCGCCAUUUCUGACCGCCUUGAGACAGUUGCUCGAUUACUAUCGAAAGAGUAAUCCGGAGCGCUCCAUUCGAGUGCGUGCCCUAGUCGGAAUUCAACUGCGGUCACAAGAGGUUGUUACAAGUUUUUUGGAGCACGCCGUGCUCAACCAUAACUUGAAAGUUUACUCUGUUGAAGAUGCGGAUUGGCAACACACGAGGUUUAACCUCUACCUCAUCGAGUAG